CAUUACCAGACAGGGUGCAGUCUCGCCGCUCUGCAGUAUGCCCUCCCCGGCACGUCUGCUGCCUCUGCUGGCUGUCCUGCUCUCCGGAGCCGCCGCGUACAUCAGCCAGACGCCGGAGCCGCCGGGCGCCACCAUCUACGACCGACACUGGCCGUACCUGGCGCCCGGGGGUGACUCCAGCUCGUGGCGCUCCUGGCGACCGGUGUGGGAGCGACACUGGUACUGGCGCCGACAGCCGCGAGCGGACCUGGGGCAGGGGCAGAAACAGGAGCAGGGACAGGAGCCGGUGGAGUCGGGACAGGAGCAGAACCAGCAGCAGCAGGGACAGGGACUGGACGAGGACGGGGACCAGACUCCGCUGCACAGCUGGCCGGACUUCCUGGAGACGGACGUCACAGACGAGGGUGAAGCUGACCUUAUCUCCAGACAGCGACGGAAGCACAGCCGCCCGCAGCGCUGGAGGAUGCAGCGGCUGUGCGAAGAGCGCGGCGAGUGCACGUGCCACAGCCCCAAGACGCACGCCACCUUCUGCUGCGACUGCCAAUGGGGAUCCUGCUUCCCGGCGGCGGCCAGCGCACUGCUGACCGACGGUCGUGUCCGCGGCAUGGCGCAGCUGACCGCCGGAGACCGUGUCCUGACCGUGGACGCCAGCGGAUCUCUGGUGCCCACCACGGUGCUGGGUUUUCUGGACCGCCGUCCUGCCGCCGCCGGGGAGUACCUGCACGUGCAGCUGGUCUCCGGACACCUGCUGCGACUCUCGGCCAAUCACGUGACGUUCGCGCGGCGGCGACCGGAGGGUCUGUUCGCCAGCGAGCUGCGAGUGGGUGAUGAACUGCUGACGGAGGCUGGGAACGGGACGGCCGCCUACAGCGCCGUCAGCAAUAUUACAUACAAGAUCAUGGCCGGCGCGUUCGUGCCUCUGACGGAGCACGGUACUCUACUGGUGGACGGUGUGCUCGCUUCCAACUACGCCUCAUUCCCUCACCGUCUGAGUCACGCGCUGACGACGCCGCUCCGCCUCUGGCCAGCGCUACUCUCCGAGUGGCUGAUGGUCAGUGAGAAGAACGUGCUGGUCGGCGGCCUGAAGGGCCUGGGGAAGCUGCUGAUGGAGACGCCCGCCUCCGGCGUCCUUCGUCUUACCUCGCUGUGAGACGGGAGGUCAGCGGGGGCGUCACCGUAAGACGCGAGAGGUCAGCGGGAAUAUUGUUCGAAGAAAUGUCGCUUGUGGCGGCUAUAAGAGGGAUGUCGGCUGAAACUCUAGUUAGGAGAGGUAAGUCUUCGACAUGCCAUGGCAGAGAAAUUGGGGAAAUAUAUUGCUAGUAAAACGCUCAGGCCAACAGUCUAUUGUAUCCACUGAAAUGGAUGCACUUCUUGGUAAUUAAGACCGGCUUUACCGAGGCCAUACAUGUAAAGAAGGCUUUACCGAGGCCAUACAUGUAAAGAAGGCUUUACCGAGGUCAGAUAGAUGGUUCAGCCUUGUUUUGUUUGCACCUAACGCUUAUUUAUUUAUGUUUACGCCAGUUGUUUUGCAACUAGAUCUCAAGAGUCAGGUAAGGUGACUGUAUACGUUUUAACGUUUUAGUUAUUUACAUUAACUGUUCGUCCAGUACACAUACCGUAUUGUUGCAUGUUGCGAUUGUUGGCUUGUUAUUGACCUAGUGGUUUCCACAUUUGCAUUAGGUAGGUAGGUAUUGUUUCAGUAUUUAAAUGUUGUCGGAGCUUGAACUAGAACGAAGAUGGAAAUAUAUGUAGGUACUGAAAAUAUGUUGUCAAAUUGUCAUUUUCGGAAAGCCUGAAGGUUUUCUUCUUGUGCCGAUAACUUGUCCUUAUGCCGCAAAAACCCAGCAUUACUGCAUAACAUAUCCAGGCUUAUAUAGCGAAUAUUAUAUUCGUUGU